ACAUUGUACAGUGCUGUACAGUUUACAACCUAAACGGUGGGUGGGGUGCGUGUGCGCUUUUUGCUCGUAGUUAGACGAUCCGGUACCGGGAUAUAUCCUUAAUGUGCUUUAAAGUUUAUUCUGUUCAUAACUCUUCGAUCUCUCUCCCGGCAAACGUGUUUGCAACGGUUUUCUAAUUUAUUGCUUUACCAUUCUUGUAACAAAGCGCGUUAUGAUUUAGUAUAAUAAUAUGAAUAUGCCAAUAUGAUGUCUAAAAAGACUACAGUUCGUUUAACUGAUAAAUGUUUUGUUUCAUUUUAUAAAAGAGUGUAAAGCUAUUUUGGAAUUAUUAGUUAGUGAUUUAUUUUAAAUAUUUAUAAUCUAGCAGUAUGAAUAUCAAUGACCUAGUGUUUAAUUAUUUUUUUCUUAACUUAAUUUAUUACGUUGCGGAAGCUGCAGAUGAAAAGUCAGGCAGUGACUCCUGCUUGCAUCGAGUGGCAGCAUGUGAGGCAAAUACAGGGAACAGCAAUCGCGUUAUUUGCGGCACCGAUGGCAGGACUUACCCUUCCAAGUGCCACAUUAUGAAGGCUCAGUGCAAUGGAGAGCCGGUCACAGUAGCUCAUAGAGGCCCUUGUAUUGAUGGUCAAUCGUCUUGCCUGACGGUUCUGCGAUAUGCGUUAAACGCGCAGAGCGGUCGGCGAGCGGCCUUCGUGCCGAAGUGUCGUGCUGACGGUACAUACGCCGCAGUGCAAUGUGCGGCUGCUGGAGCGGCCGCUGGUUGCUGGUGCGUCACCCCAGAUGGGAAACCCCUCCCUGAUACCGCUGUAAGGAACGGCAGGCCCGACUGCACGAGACCCGGUAAGUCUCAAACGAGACGCCGCUCCUCGGUUCGAGGUCAACGCAAUAAACGAAGUUGCACGCGCGCAGAUCGGGCCCAGUUCAAUGGGAAUCUUAUAAAAAUAUUUAGCGGGGAGUUUGAAAGAGCCCGUUCAGAGCAAGGUGGGGUGGCCGCGGACCCGCGCUCUGUGGCCGAUUGGAAAUUCAGAGAACUUGACCGAGAUAGGAGCGGCACGCUACAGAAAUCUGAAUAUCGGGGGCUGAGGAGGCUUAUCAAAAAGGUGGUAAAACCGAAGCGAUGUGCCCGCGCCUGGGCGCGCGGUUGCGACGGGGACGGCGACGGCGAGAUCGCGCGCGCGGAGUGGGCCGGCUGCUUGCUGGCCACCCCCGAGCCGCCCGCACCGGACUACGACGACAGCGGUCCGGAGGCCGAACCAGACUAUGAGGAGGAACCGCCGCCUGAUCCCAGUGCAGUUUUGCCAGGAAUAAUGCGCAAUUCGUUCGCGCCAGAAGGCUCCGUGGCGAGGGAAGAUGAAGCCAACGACUGUCUGACCGAUCGGCAAGCAGUUCUGGAUGAACAGAAAACCGGUAGCGCGGUGCUUUACGUACCAGAGUGUAUGGGCGACGGGCGGUAUGCUCGGGCGCAGUGCUACCGCUCCACCGGGUACUGCUGGUGCGUGCAUCAGGACACAGGCAAGCCGAUCCCGGGCUCCUCGGUGAAGGACAGGAAGCCGGAUUGUGAUUCUGCCCCACAACACGCUAGCCCCAUGAGAGGAUGUCCCGAACCAAUGAAGUCGCACUUCUUACGCGACUUAAUGAGUUUCUUCAUUUCUAAAAUGACGACAUCUAUCAAUGGAACCGGACCUGGCGAAAUGGUAAAAUGGGGUGCAUCAAAAGAGGAGCAAGCCGCAACCUGGACGUACGUGAUGCUCGACAAGGACAAGAACAAAGCCCUUGAGAGACGGGAAUGGAAGUCCUUCCAUCAGCUCAUAUCUUCUGUGGAACAGUUGAGGCGGUGUGGUAGGAAACUGCCGAGAUAUUGUGACGUGAACCAUGAUGCCAAAAUCAGUAUUACCGAAUGGAUGGCCUGUUUGGAAGUCACGCAGGCUUCUCAUGGGUCUACUACGGAGGCUCCAAAGGUGCCGUCGAACCCACGGAGAAAAGGUCCCAAUCCCUUGGAGUCAAUCCUGAAGGCAGACGACUGAUUUACGAAUCUCAAACAUUUACUGUAUAAAUAUUUAUUUAUGUGUCUCUCACACGACGUAGUGUCAGUGGUCAAAAAAUACCAGUGUAGUGUUAAAAUGGCCUUUAUUUGUAUAAAAUAAGGAACUAUAACUAAAUUUUGUUCUACAAAACUCGGCGACUGAUCCUAGGAAGUAUUUUACAAGUUCGGAAAAAUAAUUUAUUGUAGAUAAUUGUAGGCUUUUACUAGUCUCGUUACUAUUGUUUAAAAAUUGUUUGUAAUUAGUUUUAAUACUUACAUGUCUUCGCUUUUGUAAGUAGAUAUAGUAUAUAAGAAAACAAAAUAUGUAUAACAACGUGGUAUAACUAUAUAAAUGCCCACAAGAAAAUCUAUAAUCACAAUAUACUGUAAUAUUGAACAA